UACAACUUCACAAAGACUACUAGUGAAUUUUGUUAAACACUCACUUCCGUUUAUUUCCUGAAGUUGUCAGCUGGAGGGGACGGGAUUUGAGCAUCAAGAUUACAUAAAAGAACUUGUAGCUCCGUUGGACCACAUUCUCAGCGUCCGAAAGGGGGAGAUGGAGUGAGAAAGCGAAGUCUUUUGUACUUCCCCUCCCCCUCCACCACAGUAAAGGGGAAAUGUCUCUGCCGAAGCGAGUGAAAAAGAAGGUUAAUCUCAAGAUCAAUGAUGAGGUCUUCCAGCAACCAGCUCCAGCUCCCACGCCCCCCAGAGAUCUUGACUCCAAGGCCAAAGUGACCAUUGGUGAGAAGAAUGUGGUGGUGAGCGCCGACGAUCUGGAGCAGAUAGCGGAGCUGGGACGAGGAGCCUACGGAGUGGUCGACCAGAUGAGGCAUGUCCCCACCGGCCUCAUCAUGGCUGUGAAGCGGAUUCGAGCCACAGUGAAUUCGCAGGAGCAGAAGCGGCUGCUGAUGGACCUGGACAUCUGCAUGAGAACGGUGGACUGUUUGUACACGGUUACCUUUUACGGAGCCCUCUUCAGAGAGGGUGAUGUCUGGAUCUGCAUGGAAUUAUUGGACAUGUCUUUGGACAAAUUCUACACCAAGGUUACAGAGAAGAGGGCCACCAUCCCAGAGGACAUUUUAGGAAAGAUCACGAUUUCGAUUGUCAAAGCCCUGGACCAUCUCCAUACCAUAUCGGUGAUACACAGAGAUGUCAAGCCCUCCAACGUCCUUAUUAACACUCAAGGUCAGGUGAAGAUGUGCGACUUUGGAAUCAGCGGCUAUCUGGUUGACUCGGUGGCCAAGACCAUGGAUGCCGGCUGCAAACCCUACAUGGCGCCGGAGAGGAUCAACCCAGAGCUCAACCAGAGGGGUUACAGUGUCAAAUCAGACAUCUGGAGUUUAGGGAUUACCUUGAUUGAGCUAGCCAUCCUGCGCUUCCCGUACGAGUCGUGGGGCACUCCGUUCCAGCAGCUCAAGCAGGUGGUGGACGAGCCGUCCCCUCAGCUCCCGGCAGACCGAUUCUCCCCGGAGUUUGUGGACUUCACCUCCCAGUGCUUAAAGAAAAAUUCACAAGAGAGGCCUGCCUACUCAGAAUUAAAGGAACAUCCCUUUUUCACUCUGCACGACUCCAAAGAGACCGAUGUGGCGAGCUUCGUCAAGGAUAUUCUGGGCGUCUGACCUGAGCCACUGACUUUAGCCUCCCGGAACACCAACACCACCACCACCACCACCGCAACAACAACAACAACAACCACAAUGACAACACCACCACCACCACCGCUGCCAUCGCCUUCACCAUCCUCUCUGCCCUCCCUCGGCGAUCGCUCGGGCAGGCAGGACAUCUACCACAGGCCAAGGAGUUCCAGGAGCCAGCAGGAAUUAAAAAAAAAAGAGAAAAAAAAAACACAGAAAAAUAAAAACCCUACCCUCCCAAAGUGAACACUUAAGCCAAGCACAAGACUCAGGCCCCUCACCCUUACCCCCACCUCACCCCUACCCCCCACUCUCCACCCAGGAAAAGACCCCAGCUGAAACGUAAGAUGUCAGAGAGAGAAAGAAAGACAGAGAGAGAAAGAAAGAGAGCGUGAGAGAGAAAGAGAGAGCGUGAGAGAGAAAGACCGUGUCUUGUGUUGCUCUGCUCACCCAGGACUUUAGGUGUCCAAUGCACGUGUCCGCUGCCACCCCACCCUCCCCUCCCCUCUGCUGUGACCUCUAGUCUCUGUCCAUUAGGAUGGCCCUGCUGUUGCCGCCGCCGCUGCUGCUGCUGCUGCCUGCUCAGCUGGCUCAGCUGGCUCAUUCAUGGAUGACAUGGGGAAAGUGGGCAUGGACAUCAUAUGUCAUGAAACCAAUAUGAGAUACUUUCAUACAUGUAUUUUGUGUGAGAGAGAAAAAAUGCACUUAUUUGAUAUCAUCUCCUUUUUCUGAACUGGUUGUGUGCAUAUGAAGUACAUGUCCCAAGUGCAUCAUCGCAUUACUACAUAGAACAAAAAAUAUAUAUGUAUGGAAACGUGCAGGGUUAUGGUGUUUAUGCUUUUACAAAUAUGGAAUGGUUUAGGAUGGAUAGAAUUUUAAAUGCCCCCACCCCACACAUACACACACUGUGAAGGGCAGAGGUCUUACAGAUUUUUUUCUUUUCAGAUAUAUAUAUAUAGAUUUUUUGUGAUUCGUAGAGGUCCUAAUGGUUGCUUGUUUGUGUUUGGUGACACUGCAGGCACAAAAAUAUAAACAGUGGGUAAUACACACACACUUACACACACACUCACACUCACUCACUCAAAAAAAAAAAGCCCCCCUCCUGCUUGUAGGGCUUCUGUUCCCCACGAGAGAAAAAUAAGAGAGCUAGCGUCAGACAUUCAGCUCCCCUCAGUCCUCUCUGAUGACACCAAAAAAUACACCUCUUUAUGCUGGACAGUAAGGGACUGGAAUUAUUAUUAUUAUUAUUAUUAUUAUAAUUAUUAUAUAGAUUAUCAUUCUCAUUUCAGUGUUAUGCAGUUAGUGUAUGUAUGAGAACUGCUGUUUGGCCCAUUUCUCCUAUGUUUUUCCCUCUUAUAUUUGAUUCUUCUGGGGGGUUUUGUUUUUGUUGUUUUUGGUUUUUGUCCUUCAGAGUGCAUUAAUUAAUUUGAGGCCCUUAAGAGAGGCACCCGAUGCCUUACCUGUGUGCUUGAGAUUGAUUGCUGUGUGAAAGAUGUAAAUAAUAUUGAUGAACCUUUUUAAUGGAGAGAACCUUGCACUGUGGAGCGAUGCAGGCACUGAGCUGCUGUAGAGCUGCUUCCUGUCCUCUGUCCUGUGUAUUCGCAGUGCCACACACACACACACACACAUAUUUACAUACACAUAUUUCUCAUAACAUAACUCACACUAAUGACCCCGAUCAGUCCCUUCCCUCCCUGACACUUGUUUGCUGCAACCGUCUCUCAGGUGUUUCCAGAGCCACUCUCUGAUCAAUCAAAGUCCCACCUGCACACACACACACACACACACACACACACACCCCUGCAUACACCUGCAACCAGGUUCUCCACCAGGAUCAUGAUUGUGACCUGACGUGAUGGCACUCCCUACACUCCCACCGUCGGUGGUUUGGUUGAUGGAGCCGUGGUUGCACAGCAGGGCCUUCUUUGACGGCUUGUCCCUCAGUGGACAGUGUCUCUUGUCGGUGGCUUCUGUGGCAACGCUGAUGCUUGUGAAUGAGAAGGGACGGCCAAAAUGGCGUCACGAAGAAGCUGCGGUGGUCUGCUGAGGCCAACGCGUGUCCGUCAGGCUUUUAUCGAAGAGCGCAGGGCUGGUCGCCGUGAGCCUUGGAGCAGCUUUUCUACCUCAUUCUCUUUCAACUCUUGUAUGAGCUGUUUCCUCAGUUGAGAUUUGGGGAGGAAGAUUUGGGGCGUACGUUGACAAACUUGAACAGUGGGAAGAUGACCUGCUUAAAAUGAAUGGCUUUAUUCUGCAAUAAAGACUGGUUAGCAAUUAAGUGAUGUGGGUAUGGAAUGACCCAAGCAUGUGUUUUUAUUGAAUCAACAUGUGUUUUCCUCAGAAAUGGGUGUGGCUCAUAAAUUCAAAGAGGUGCAUUUUUAAGCCAUUCUUUGACUAGCCAAGAGGCAGCUGCUGUAAAAGGUUGGGAAGAAUGGAAGUGUCCAGUGCUGUCCAGUCUCGCCACUCGCCUGGCCACGUGCUCUAGUGUGUGUGUCCUCUCGUCUGUCCCUUCUUGGCUCUGCUCUCGUGUCUCGGAAUGUCUUCAGUGUGUGUGUGUGUGUCUCUCCCUCUCUGGUUUCAGCGUCGCUCUCUCUAUCUCUCGUAGAAAGUACAGAAGUGGCAUUAGCGUUGUCCAAGUACACUGGGGUGCAACUCCGAAAGUCGCAGUGAACGGAACUUUUUUUUUUUUUGCACUGUAUUCUGAUUUUUUUAUGGAGGGAAUUUUAGGGAGGGCCAGUCGCUCCAUAGAGUCUAUAAUCUAUUUCUUUGCUUUUCUUUUUUUAUUUUCUUUUCUUUCUUUGAAUGGGCAGUAAUCUUAUGUAUGUGUGGGUGUGUACUGAGAUUUCUUUUGUGUAAAUAUGUACGUGAUUUUGAUGGAAUAAAUGUUUACUUCAAUCAAA